GCUCGCAUCCUGCUGCAACCAGGAUGAGCCGCCACGACAACCUUCACUUCAAUUUCACGUCCAUUUAACCCCCCAUCUCUGACCCACUGGCCGGCCACGAUCCAUGCUUUGCCUAUUUGAGAUGCGAUAUCGCUCUCCCUUUUCCCGGAGAAUACCGUCCGUUACUCCCCACUGAAAGAGCAUGCCCGAGACGGGGGCGGCAGCAGCAGCCGCCGCUGCAGCCGCAAGCAGCUCUACCGACAACACAGAGGGCUCGCGGCACCGACACCGAUCGCAAGGAGAGGGAGAAAAGACAGACCAAAGCAGUGCCCCCCAGCAGCAAACAUCCUCCGGUGUAUUGGAUAAGUUGUUUGGGAAGCGGCUGUUGCAGGCUGGGAGACACAUGAUGUCCCAGAAGUCUUGGAUGAAGACUGUGCCCACAGAGAACUGUGACGUGCUCAUGACCUUCGCAGACACUACUGACGACCACACGUUGCUAUGGCUACUGAACCAUAUCCGCCUGGGAAUCCCCGAACUCAUCAUCCAGAUCCGCCAUCAUAAACACACGCGUGUCUACGCUUUCUUCGUCACGGCAACUUAUGAGAACCUGCUGCGCGGCGCUGAGGACAUGGGACUGAGGAAGGCUGUGAAGCCGGAGUACGGCAGCGGAACACGAAGCUUCUCCUGUGAGGAGGACUACAUCUAUGACAACAUAGAGAGCGAGCUCUGCUUCUUCACGUCACAGGAGAGACAGAGCAUCAUCAAGUACUGGCUUGACAAUCUACGUGCCAAACAUGGAGAGGUGCUCCACAACAUCAACUUCCUGGAGGGACAGCCAAUCAUCCCAGAGCUGAGUGCCCGAGGGGUGAUCCAGCAGGUGUUCCCCCUCCAUGAACCCCGCAUCCUGAGCCAGCUGAUGAAGUCCUGGGUCCAAGCCGUCUGUGAGAAACAGCCUCUGGAUGACAUCUGCGACUACUUUGGGGUGAAGAUAGCCAUGUACUUCGCCUGGCUGGGCUUCUACACCACCUCCAUGCUGUAUCCUGCUGUCAUCGGCUUCGUGCUUUGGCUUCUCACCGAGUCUGACCAGACGAGCCGGGACAUCUGCUGUGUGGUCUUCGCCCUCUUCAACGUGGUGUGGGCCACCCUGUUCCUGGAGCGCUGGAAGAGGAGGGGGGCGGAGCUGGCGUACAAGUGGGGCACGCUGGACACGCCCUCGGAGGCCCUGGAGGAACCCCGGACGCAGUUUAGGGGGGUAAAGCGCUGCAGUCCCAUCACAGGCUGCGAGGAGUUCUACUACCCUCCCUGGAGGAGGCGUGUGUUCCGCUGGCUGGUCAGCCUGCCCAUCUGUCUCCUCUGCCUGUGCUUCGUCUUCCUGGCCAUGCUCAUCUGCUUCGAGCUCCAGGAGUUUGUGAUGGGUAUCAAGGAGAUGCCUCGACUGGCUCGCUUCAUCCCCAAAAUCAUGCUGGCCAUCACUGUGACUGCGUGUGACGAGGUGUACAGGAAGAUCGCCUGCUGGCUCAACGACAUGGAAAACUACAGACUCCAGAGUGCCUAUGAGAAAAAUCUCAUCAUCAAAAUGGUUCUUUUUCAGUUUGUAAAUUCUUAUCUCAGCCUUUUCUACAUUGGUUUCUACCUCAAAGACAUGGAACGCCUAAAAGAGAUGCUGGCUACUCUCCUCAUCAUCCGGCAGUUCCUCCAGAACGUGAAGGAGGUGCUUCAGCCUUACCUGUACGAGCGCCACAAGUUGGGCGAACUCACCCUGCGCGGCGUCUGGGACCUGCUCCUGUCCGCGCUGCUCAAGUAUGCACGCCUGGCUGCAGGAAAGGCCCAGGCUUCACCCACCGACCAGGCCAUGCCAGGCCCGGGCCUCAGGGGCACCAGGCCCGGGGUGGGCCAGCCAGAUCGCAGGGAGAAGAAAUGUCUGAACGGAGGGUGUGGCGUUCCGGACGAGGAUGAGGGCGAGAGGGACGAGGGGGACAGCGGGCGCUUCAGCGAGGGCGAAGAGGAGAGCCUGAUCGACUGCGGGCUGAAGCUGAGGAAGGUGAGCUUCAUCGAGAAGGCGGACAGGAAGUCGUCCGGCCUCGCCGCCGCAGCCCCGGUGAUGGAGGACAGCUUCCUGGAGGAGGGCAGUCCCACCAUGGUGGAGAAGGGGAUGGACCCCUCGUCCGUGUUCGAGUGCGACGACGACGACGACAACAACGGGGGCGCCGAGACCAAGGAGGCGCCGUCGGGGGGCGGCGGGACGGGCGAGGGUUUGGCCGCCGCCCCCGCCGCCGCUUCUGGGCCGGAGAGUGCGGUGUCGCUGCGGCACCGCCGGAGGGGGCGGAGCCAGGAGAGGGCGGAGUCUAAGACCAAGAGGGAGUCGUGGAUCGACCCUCCGGAGGAGCACUGCAGCACCACCCUCACCCAGGCGGAAAUGGAGAGCUGCAUGCAGACCUACGAGGACACCUUCCAAGACUACCAGGAGAUGUUCGUGCAGUUUGGCUACGUGGUCCUCUUCUCGUCCGCGUUCCCCCUGGCUGCCAUGUGCGCCCUCAUCAACAACAUCAUCGAGAUCCGCAGCGACGCCUUCAAGCUGUGCACGGGCCUGCAGAGGCCGUUCGGCCUCAGGGUGGAGAGCAUCGGCCAAUGGCAGACAGCCAUGGAGGCCAUGGGGCUGAUUGCCAUCAUAGUGAACUGUUACCUGAUUGGUCAGUGUGGCCAGCUGCAGCGCCUCUUCCCCUGGCUCAGCCCUGAGAUGGCCAUCAUCUCCAUCGUCAUCCUGGAGCAUUUUGCCAUCCUCCUGAAGUACGUAAUCCACGUGGCCAUCCCAGACAUCCCCAACUGGGUGGGGGAGGAGAUGGCCAAGUUGGAGUAUCAGCGCAGGGAGGCCUUCAAGAGGCACGAGCGUCAGGCCCAGCAGCACUACCAGCAGCUGCAGAGGAGGAAGAGGGAGGAGGAGGAGCGACAGCGGCAGGCGGAGCACCAGGCCCGCAGGGAGAGGGAGCGGGAAGAGGGGAAGGGAGAGACCUCGGGGGAGCACCACCACGACAAGGGCCACGGCGGGAAGUCUCGCUCUGGAGGAGGAGGCGGAGGAGGAGGAGGAGGAGGGGGAGGAGGCUCGGACAAACCCAAGAGGCCCAGCUCUCUCCUGGCCAACAACAAUGUGAUGAAGCUGAAGCAGAUCAUUCCCCUGCAGAGCAAGUUCUCCUCGGGCACGGCGCGCUCCCCUCAGUCGCCCACGGGAAACGAGCCCAAACUCCCGGGGUUCCUCAGCUUCAAGUUCCUCAAGUCGCCCGAGAACAAGAAAGAGGCGGCUGCCGCCGCCGCUGCCGCCGCCGCCACGGCAACCAACGCAGCGGCGGCCGGGGCUGGCUCUCAGGAGCGCUCCCAGUCGCCCAGCAAGGCCUUCAACCCCGGAAAACUGUUCAACUUCGGGAAGUCCGAGGGCGGGCCCUGCGUAAACGGGGCUCAGGUGUCCAAACAGGGCGAGGGCUCGCAGGGCUCUGACAAGCAGCCCUCCAAGUCCGACCUGAACGGGGUACCUGACGAGUUCCCCUCACCCGGGGGAGAGGCUGCGGAGAACGGGGCCUCUACGGACUCUGACCCCGCCGGCUCUAAAGCCUAGUCCCCAGGAGGGGCCAGGAGGGCACUUCUGUGAGAGCACAGACAGAUGAGAUGGAGGGGGUUGACUGUGUCGGGAAGGCCGGGCCUCUCUUCCAUGCUGCUGUCUUGUAAGGAGGGCCCGGUGUCUGAGAGGGGAGCAGGACUGAUGAGAUGUGGGGGGUCUGCUUCGUGCUGAUAGCCUUGAAGGCUUUACGAGGAAACUACAACUCCCCUAAACACGCCCCCCCACGCAAAUGCAAUGGUGCAUCGCACACAUACGCACCCACACACACACAUACCGUCGCAAAAACACAGACACACACACACACACACAACACCUAACUCUCACACGCACACGCACAUUUCUAAUCCCCCUUCUAUCUGCAAUACAUAUAGAAAUGCAUGAGCUGCGUUUCGGAUACUUUUCAAGCCUUUAAAGGGGGAGAGCGGUUCCUUUGUUUUCUUCUUGUCUGAAAAUUGUAAGCACCUUGGAGGCUCGCCGUGGCAACACGGGAGCCCGGGCCCGAGGGAGGACACACACACACACGCAGCGUGAGAGAGAGAGUCACCGUUUUUUGUUGUUGUUUUUUUUACAUCAAGUACAUUGUGAGGCCCCGCUCCUUCCACACAGCUGGGCGAUGCCUGGCUUGUUUAUUACCUGGAGGGGGUCUGGUCCCCCGUGGCUUUUAUAUCUGAACGGAGAAGCUGAGCAAUAUCAAUCGGUGUCAGUUUUAACACGAGCUCUGAUGCAAAACACGAGUGAGGUCAUUGUCAUCCGCGCCUCCGACGCGGCGAGCGCGAGUCGCGUUCGACACCCCCCCCGCCGAAGUGGCGGCAUCAGACGAGCGGCAUGAUGCAAAGGGGAGAAACGCAGGAGGGGAACGGAGGACACGAUAAAGGGUGAGGGAUUCGAUUCACGCCCGGGAGAAGUGUGUUUGUCAGGUAGGGGAUAGUCAUGCUAGACUACAGUGAGCGUAGUUCUGACAGAGAAGCUGGCUUGUUAUACCCUGGGCCCCCAGUUCAAGCUUGCGGAGAGCUUUGAAACGCAUGAAUUCCUUUAGCAAACGCGUUGAUCAAAAACAACAAACAAGGAGGGGGGUGGAGGCUGGGAUUUGAGCCUGCAAACUCUUCAUAUAGCAGUUAAAUGCUCUGCUGUUGAGCUAGUGCGUAUCCGCUCCCUCAAGGAACAGUCAGGAACGACUCCCUGAUGAGCAGGGAGAACAGUUGCACUAAAACCCACCGCGGUCUGGAACAAAGGACGUUUCAAAGUGUCCGUUGAACACCGGGAGUGUCCAGUGUUUAUGCAGGUCCACUCCUUCAUGAGAUGGACCUACGGUGUGAAAGGCUCCUGGUGUUAAAUGACCACUUUGAAAUGUGUUGUGAGGGAGCGAUGGGGUGCCACCAGCCAACCUCAUGGCCAAUGAAAUCGCUGCAUUUCUGUUCAUCACAAGGCACAAGAAGGUGCGGUUCAUCUCGGCUGUUCCCAGCAGGGGGCCGUCAUUGGGCUGGGUGGUCAUCUUUGUAUUCGUUCGACCUUUCAGUCUGUUUUUUAUAUGUUUGGGAUAGUUGCUUUCUUAUUGAAUUGUUUGAUUAAUUUACCAAAGCAGCUCCUCUCUAACGACUCUCGCUGUCCUUCUGAUUUGAACAAAAACUGAAAUCAUAGUUGUUGUUUUUGUCGUUGUUGUGUCAUUUAUUUUUGUAAUUCAGAACAGCCAGCAGGUGGAGUCAGCUGGAUAUCAGGCUUUGAGUUCUCUAAAACAGGGACUAGGGCCUCAGAAGUUGCGUUAAGAACAGUCAGAACCAUCGCGUAGCAAUCUAUUGUCACUAAUGGGCUUCAGGUGGGUCACAGCACUAAUAACUUUACAUUACAGAGAGAUUUUGCUCAGUAGUAGUCAGAUCCAUGAACUAUGCAUCUCCACACCCAUCUUCCUGACAACACUCUUUGCAAUAAUGAAGUGAGUGUGUGACUGUUUUCCCUUGGCCCCACCCCUUUGUGGCACCGCCCCCCUUGUGGCCCCGCCCCCCUUGUGGCCCCGCCCCCCUUGUGGCCCCGCCCCCCUUGUCGCCCCGCCCCCCUUGCCUGUAUGCAUCUCCGCCUUACCUUAACCCUGACCUACGCUGCUACCCAGCUUUAAACAUAUGACCUCUCCACCUGACCUCUGACCUCACCACCCCUUGCGGAUGGGAUCUGCUGUUAAUAAAGGACAUCCCAUCUUGACUGUCUAUACAGGCCUAAUCUGACACGCAUGUCAGUCAUGUGUAAGACAAAACAAAUUGGAAAUCUAAGAAGGCCUACCUGACAUAUCUGUGAACUCUUCUCUUUUACUGGAUUUGCAGGUAGGUGGCGAGAACCUCCAUCUUUUAUGUUGAACGGAUUGGCCGGCUGAAAACAAUUGAAGGGUACUUUUCACUGUUGUGUAUCCCAUCCAUGUGCUUCAGCAAAGAGGAAAAUUACCUCCAUUCACAAUGGUCCUAAGGGAGUAUUAAGCUGUGUAUACGCCAUAAGAGCAGUUAUUUUCCGUGGGAAUUCAUCAUGUUUGCCUCACUUUGAGUUUAUUAGAGUGAUUUGUUAGAUUUUUUUCAAUUGUAGAGGAGCUGUGGACAGUUACUUAUGACAAAUGAAUAGAACAUCUUUUUUUUUAUGUUUGUCAAAAAUCUUUCUUGUUGGCUGUUGGACGUCAUCGGUUAAAUAUGUUGCUCUCUGGAGGAGUUGAGGUUUUCACGAGAAACAGACUGAAUCCAACUGUUUCUUGUGUCUGCUUGUGUAAACUGGGGUGUACAAGGGUUUAUUUAGUUGUUUACUUUGGGGGUUGGGGGGCUGUUGUGGAUGAUUAAACCUAUGGGGAGGGGAGCAGGGGGGAGUAAUUGUAGUGUUCAACCCGCAGUCUGAUGAAUGGAUAUGUAGAAUUGAAAUGCACACCUGCAGUUGUAGAAUCCUUCUCCUUUCCUCCCAACUAAAAUGAAAACGAUUAUGAACAUCUCACUGAGAAACAAAUGUCAUAUGCUCUUCCCGUGUACCACUGUACAUCAACAAAAAGAAAAAAUAUGAUAUUGGGAAAUGGGAUUAUUAAUUUAUUUUAAUUUAUUUUGUCAUAUUUUUGUAAGAUCUGAAA